CUAGGCCAGGAGACAGCCUUCACUGGAGUAACAGAGAGCGGGGAGUGGGUCAGAGCAAAGCGGGAGAGUGAGGGGGCCGGGCCCGCGGGGGGGGGGGGAGAGAGACCCCCCCGCAACAACCAGCACCAGGAUGACAUCAUUUGGCUGGAAGCGGAAGGCUGGGGAGAAGGUGUCAAAGGUUGCCUCUCAGAACUUUGCAGCAGCAGCUGUGGAUGACAGGCUGGUUGCUGCUGAUGUGGAUUGGUUGCAUGUGACCAAGAGGCAGCGCAAGGUCUUGCUGGAAGAUUGCACAGUGAAGAGCAAGAGACUGAAGGACGAGGGCAUCUUCCUGUCCGAGAAUGGAAGGUACUGGGAUGCAAUCGGCCGGUGGGAUGAAGCCAUUCAACUGACGCCAGACUGUGCCGCACUCUACGACAUGAAAGCACAGGUUCUGAUGAUCCUGAACGAGGUUUUCCAGGCGGUGCAGGCAGCGGAGAUGGCAGUGCGUCUGGACCCCCAGUGGUGGGAAGCCUUGCAGACACUGGGCCGGGCUCAGCUUAACCUCGGGGAGGUAGCCAUGGGUUUAAAAAGUUUCCAGAGGGCGCUGCAUCUGUGCCCAGCUGACCGCACACUGUGGAAUGAUGACCUGGCUUGGGCACUGAAGCUGUGGCACAAGCAGCAACAGCUUGGUGAGUCCGUGCCCGCAGAGAGACGUGCUCAGCAAAGGGAUCCGGCCGGGCACCUGCCGGAUUACGACUUUGAGAGCGACGAGCUGGUCCAGGCAUGUGCGGCUAUCGCGGAGAGGGACAGACACCCAACAGUGACAGACACCAGUAUCUUUAUCACAGCAACACAGGGAACAGAGGCAGGCAGUCACCGGAGACUGAGGGACGGAAACUUCAUCCAGGCACGAUAGUCUCAGCGUCAGCACACUACACAGCCAGCCGUGUGUCUGUCCCAACCUUUGCUUCAUGCUGUGUGAAUUGUCAAUGGUUGCUGCCCUGCUUUUGGUCUGUGUAAAGACAUCUCUCCCCUCCUGGUAUCACUGGGGCCAGGGUUCUGGGUUAUCCUCCCUGUGACCGGCGUGCAGAUUAACCAGUCCCCCCUGUCACCCUAUAUCCAAUGGCUGGAGAGCUGGAAGGUGCAGCUUUAAAGAGGUGACAUUUGUAUUGCUGUACCUUUGUACUUUCCUCAUUAACCCCACAAUAAUCAUCUCCAGAAGGAAUCUCCCCCAGUUACUGACCGUCAUUGGGGGUGAUCUCCCCCUGGUUACUGACUGUCAUUGGGGGUGAUCUCUCCCGGUUACUGACUGUCAUUGGGAGUGAUCUCCCCUGGUUACUGACUGUCAUUGGGGGUGAUCUCCCCCUGGUUACUGACUGUCAUUGGGAGUGAUCUCCCCCGGUUACUGACUGUCAUUGGGGGUGAUCUCUCCCGGUUACUGACUGUCAUUGGGGGUGAUCUCCCCCUGGUUACUGACUGUCAUUGGGGGUGAUCUCUCCCGGUUACUGACUGUCAUUGGGGGUGAUCUCCCCCUGGUUACUGACUGUCAUUGGGGGUGAUCUCUCCCGGUUACUGACUGUCAUUGGGGGUGAUCUCCCCCUGGUUACUGACUGUCAUUGGGGGUGAUCUCCCCUGGUUACUGACUGUCAUUGGGGGUGAUCUCCCCCUGGUUACUGACUGUCAUUGGGGGUGAUCUCCCCUGGUUACUGACUGUCAUUGGGGGUGAUCUCCCCCUGGUUACUGACUGUCAUUGGGAGUGAUCUCCCCUGGUUACUGACUGUCAUUGGGGGUGAUCUCCCCUGGUUACUGACUGUCAUUGGGGGUGAUCUCCUAAGGUAGUGAUCCCCAUGAUGAGCUUGCAGGGUACCAGUCCCUCAAGGCGAUGCCCUGCUGAGAUUGAAGGCUUGGUUCUGCUCUAUCUGGUCUGGAUUUGGUGAUAUUUGCUUUUCCCUUGCUCUGUGGCAGCACAGUAACUUGACCCAGAAACAUCAACUUUGAGUGGACAUGUGACCUCCAAACUCACAGCCCACACUCUGCAGUUAGUAGCUGGAUCCUCGAGGACAGUGUCUCAGCGUUGGUGAUAAUGGAUGAUUUACACAACCUUUCUGCACUGUACAGAAUAAAGCUUUGUGUUAUUAUUCACCAA